AUGGGAGGUGGACAGGACAAUCCUGAAAGUCGAGAGAAGGGAAUGUUUUCUCACCUUGCGGCCUAUGCAGCUGGAGCCGGACAUUAUCCUCCACCUGCUGGAUAUCCUCCCCCACCAGCUGGAUAUCCUCCGGCCGGUUAUCCUCCGGCAGGAUACUCACCGGCCGGUUAUCCUCCGGCAGGAUAUCCACCUGCUGGAUAUCCUCCCCCGCAAGGAUACCAUCCAUCGGGUUAUCCCAGCUCGUCUCAUCUUUCAGGCCAUUUUCCGGCAAUGCUAGCUGGAGGGGCGGCAGCAGCUGCAGCAGCAUAUGGGGCCCACCACUUGGCGCACGGUGGGUACCACCAUCAUGGCGGGUUUUAUGGCCACCAUGGGAAGUUCAAGCACGGAAAGUUCAAGCAUGGUAAGUUUGGAAAGCGCUGGAAGCACGGCAUGUUCGGGAAGCACAAGUUCAUGAGGUUCAAGAAAUGGAAGUGAUUCAGAGUCGUACUCUUGAUCAGCCUUAAAAACUACUUGUGGCAUCCGAUGAUGUUCAACAGGGUUUGGUUUGUACUACCGAUAUUACUUGGCGUGUUGUCGAAUUUUAUGAUGCAACCGGUGUUUGAGAAAUAGACUAUAUAAUGCUAUUUGUAAGAAAAUUUGGUUUCAUAUUGAUUUUACGGUUCCUUUUUUGUAAAUGGAAUGCUUAAAAAUAUCUCAAAACUAUUUUAGGUUUAAAUGGG